AUGGCAAAAGAGGCCGAGCCUAAGGAGGUGUAUGCUGCUGAGAAUUUGAAGGAAAGAAAGGCUCAAGAAGAAGCUGGAAAAGCACUAUUGCAUGCCCAUUGGUGGCACAAGAAGAAGAUGCCUCCCUAUAUGGCCUUCAUGAAAAGCAUACUCUCUAAGAAGAAGGCCUUGAGGGGAGAUAAAACUGUGGUCUUGACCAAGGAGUGCAGUGUCCUGAUUCAGAGGAAGCUACCCAAGAAGAUGCCAGACCCCAAAAGCUUCCUGAUCCCCUGUACCAUUGGGACUAUUACAUUUGAGAAUGCACUGUGUGAUCUUGGUUUAAGCAUAAAUCUGAUAUCGUUAUCUGUGAUGAAGAAGCUGAGAAUCCAAGAGGCGCAGCCUACAAGGAUAGCAUUGGAGAUGUAUAACAAGUCUAGGAAGCAAGCAUAUGGGCUAGUGGAGAACGUACUGGUCAAGUGCUAA